AUGUCCAACCAAUUCACGGUUAAUGUUGACAGCCAGACGACCUUGAGUCCACAGAAGCCAUUAUGGGUGGAACUAGUACAGUUCGGGCUACCAGACCCAAGGACCCCUAACAUGUAUAUGCCAUGCAUGUUGGCUAUCAUUGUGUUAGUGUCAGCAGUAGCAUUCUCAUUCCGCAAGAACAAACUCUCAGCUUUCCCAGUAAUAAACGGGACAAAAAAUGAGUAUCUAAUGAAUGGGAGGGCGAUGCUGGCUCGCGGGAUCAAAGAUUAUGACGGCAAGCCAUUCCGAGUAAACACAGGUCUUGGUGAAGGUGUGAUUAUCCUCAAUCCCAGUGUGUUGCCAGAGGUUCGAAACGACCACCGAUUCGAUUCUACAAAGUUCUUGCUCCAGUACUGGCAAGCUGGAAUUCCUGGUUUCGAACCAUACAUUGCGUUAGGAACUGAAAUCCUUCAUAAUGUUAUCAAAUGGAACUUGACUCCUGCGGGAAUAUCAAAGCUCAAUAAACCACUAUCGGAUGAAGCAGAUGCUGCUCUUAGAGAUAUCUUGACAGAUAGCGAGGAAUGGCAUGAAGUUCUCCUGGGCGAUGUUCUCAUCCGAAUCGUUGCGCGCGUGUCCUCCGUCAUCUUCCUUGGACCGGAAUUGUGUCGAAACCCCGACUGGCUCAAGAUCACAGUCAACUACACCAACAAGGCCACAAACGCAGCCAGAGUUCUUCGUCGAUGGCCCGUUUUCAUGUACAAGUUCAUCCACUGGUUUCUCCCAGAGUGCCAGGAGGUGCGCGCCAUGGUUAACGAAGCCCGUGAGACAAUCGCGCCAAUUUUGGAAAAACGGAGGGCGCAAAAGAUAGCAGAUCCAGGACUUGAGUACCAUGAUGCCCUGGACUGGUAUGAAUCAGCAUCGAAAAAAAUGAACGUCACCUAUGAUCCAGCAGCGCAACAACUGGGCCUCUCUGUGUCUGCCAUCUUGACUAGCAACGACCUGAUGUCACAGAGCCUCAUGGACCUUUGUCAGAAUACAGACAUGUUUGAACCUCUUCGAGCGGAGAUUCGAUCGGUCCUAGGAGAAGGAUGGAAACCUACUACUAUCUACAAUAUGAAACUUUUGGAUAGUGUGCUGAAGGAAACUUUGCGCCUGAAGCCUGUGGCGGCUGUUGGUCUCGGCCGUCGAGUCAUGUCCGAAGUGCGUCUCAAAGACGGAACCCUCCUCCCCAAAGACUCUGGCAUUGCCGUAUCAGCCGAGAGGAUGUGGGACCCGGAGGUUUACAAAAAUCCCCGAUCUUUCGACGGCUAUCGGUUUUUGCGGGCACGGGAAGCUUCUGAACAGGGUGAAAAGACAGCUCAGCUGGUAAGCACCUCUCCAGAACACCUGGGAUUCGGCUUGGGCAUUCAUGCAUGUCCUGGACGCUUUUUUGGGGCAAAUACGGUCAAACUGGUCAUGUGCCAUCUGCUUCUAAAAUAUGAUAUCAAGUUAGCAGAGAAAAGUAACACUAAGCCGAUGGAGUUUGGAUUUUCGAUGUUGGCCAACCCCACUGUAAAAGUUCUUGUAAGGCGGAGAAAGGAAGAGAUUCGGUUUUAA